GUGGCUGGCUUUGUCCCCUGCUCCUCCCAGCUGCUAACACAGCGCCUCUUUGGGUUUCCUUUCCUGGCAGCCGGGGGCCCUGAUGGCGGCUUGGAGGAGCUUCAGCGGGCUGGAGGAUGGCGAGAAGAAAGAGUGGUGCUCCUGGGAGUACGACUCCACCUGGGAAAGCGAGGAGGAGGAGGAGGAGGAGGAGGAGGAGGAAGGGAAGGAGUCGCAGGAGGCCCGAGCCGACAGAAAGGAAGAGGAGUCCUUGCGAGUCUCCCACCAGGCCAGCGGCGUACAGUCUAGAUGGUAUUGUUUAUUCAGUAUGACCUAUAUGUUUCUGAGGAAAGUUCUUUCACAUCUUAAUCUUUCAGAUGCCCAGGAGCGAAGACGACCAGCUGCCUUAUCAAUUGGUUGUAGAGGUUUUGAGUUCUCGACUGGACGCAACUGGACAGCCGCAAAAGAUAUGCAGAGAUACAGGCAUUGUUAUCCGGGUUUGAAAGAAAGGGAACCUGAUGCUGAAGAGGAGGAGAUGUGGAAUUUAAGUUUUUACAAAAACGAAAUUAACUUUUUGCCUCAUGGCUUGCCUAUUGAUGUGCUCCUUGAAGCUUGGCAGGAGGAUUACGAGACUCUGGAAGAAAAUCAUUCUUAUAUACAAUGGUUGUUUCCUUUGCGUGAACGUGGGAUGAACUGUCGUGCAAAGCCUCUCACAUGUAAAGAAAUUCAGGCCUUUAAGAAAUCCGAGGAAGUUAUGCAAAGAUUCAUUAGAGCUUACAAACUCAUGCUGGGUUUUUAUGGAAUAAACUUGAUAGAUCAAGAAAUGGGAGAAGUGCAAAGAGCAGAAAACUGGUGUCAGAGAUUUCGCAACCUUGAUCGGUUUAGUCACAACAAUUUGCGGAUAACUCGUAUUUUGAAGUGUCUGGGAGAGAUGGGGUAUGAACACUAUCAAGUAUGCCUGGUUAAGUUUUUCCUAACAGAGACGCUUGUUCACCAAAUGCUCCCAAACGUUAAGAGAAGUGCCUUGGAUUACUUCAUCUUCACCAUCAGAAACAAGCAGAAGCGAAGAGAACUGAUACACUAUGCAUGGAUGCACUUUAAACCUCAGAAUGGGUUUGCAUGGGGGCCUCAUAAGAAACUCCAGAAAUACAAACCUCCAAACAGGGAGGAGAAAGUUGGAGAUGCUGCAUACUCCAAAACCAACAAGGUGACUGAUGAAUGUCCCUCAGUGGAGCAGAGUAAGUGUGGUGCCAUGUACGUUGCAGAGCGAGGAGACAAUGUAGAAGAGAGAGAAGCUUCACUUCCCCAGCUAGAAGAGAAGGUUCUGAGUGAGGAUCUUGUAGGAAUGGGGCAUGGAGCAGAGAGUGAAUGCCUAAAGGAAAGCAAGAAAAGAAAGUUUGAGAUGAACAGAUUAACUGGCAAGUGCACAGGGCUGUUGAAGAGUCCCACUGAUAUUGAGAAGAUCUCUUAUAACCUACGGGAAUUUGUUAUCAAUCAAGAGACCACAGAGACUCAUCCUGCAUUGCCAGAAAAGGGUGACCAAGUAACAGCUGAAGAAGGUGAUGUCAGUAAUGAAGACUUAAAGGCAUCUGAGUCAUCUGAUGCACCUGUAAAAAGAAGGAAAGUUGAUGAGGCAAUGCCAGAAAACAGUACCGUAAAUGUGGCAAUAAACUUGGACAAUGACACCACUACCUGCAACGUCCAAGCAGCAAAGCCAGGGGUCAUGGGCUGUGGGGCUGAGAAAGGAGAAGUUAGUGAGGAAGACAAGGUUGUGGAAGAAAUUGUGAAAGCUGAGAAUGGUGCUGAAGGUGCAUCUGUGAAUUCAUUGCCUGCUUCUGAGACUAAUGAGUCUGGUCUGCUUUCUCUGGCAGGCGGUGGCUCAGUGCUAUGUGAAGCAAAUUCAGAAAUACAAAACGAGGAGCAUCAAUGUAAUGAAACUCUAACAGUAAGUGAAAGCCAGGUAGAUAACAGAGAACAGAAAGAAGGGGCAGAUGGUAUCAAUGGAAGAGGGGAAACAAAAACCCCAGACAAGAACCAGAGCCAAGAGUGUCUUCAGCAGAGUGUGGUGGCAUCUUGUCCUGAAAAAGUCAGUGCUGGGGACAUAGCACAAAAAAUUGAUCGCUUUGAGGAUUCAGCAGAACUGAAUGAUCAGCAGACAAUGGCAGAGAGUGGAAAAACCAUUGCGAUAGCACCAGAGGAAGGGGAGGAGGAAGGACAGUGAUGUUCUGAAUUCAAGGAGCAUGGAACAGUGAUUCAGACUCCAAAGGCAGAUGGAAAAAGACGUCUCUUUUUAAAACAGUCCAGAACAAAAUCCCUCCCCUCCGCUCCGGUUGUCUUAACUAGAAAAAAAUCUGCUUGGUCAACUGCAUAGGGAAGAGCCCUUGACCUCUUCCUGUUCCCAUUUGUAUCUGACAUGCUGGACUGUUUGCAAGGAUUUCCCCUCUUCACCUCUUUUUUGGUAUGUGUAUUAAAGAAGAAAACAAAGCUUCUUUCCUCUUUGAAAGAGUAAAGUUCUUAUUUAAUAAGUGAUUUUAAUCCAUGGAAUACAGAUGUUUGUAGAAUAAA